AUGCAUUUAGUAGAAGAAUAUCUUCAACGUCAAGCUAAAGUGAAUGCUGCAAAUUCUCAGAAUGCAUCAUCAUCUGUGAACACAACAACAUCUAGUCAUUCUCAAUCACAGAAACAGGAACUUCAACAACAACAACAACCCCCAUCAGGACAACAACAACAACACAUACGUCAUCAAUUGAAUCAACAAUCCUCUCAAUUCCAUCCUGGUAUAAUGUCAAGUCAACAGAGACGUGGAGGUGGUGUUAUGAAUCAACAAUCGCCAAAUCGUUUCCAAGUUCCUACUACUAAUUUGAACUCAUUGCUAUCCCAACCAUUUGGUGCUUCCAGUCCCACGGGUGCAUUAGAUGGUCAGCAGCAGAAUGUUCAUUCUCGACCAACAACUCAAUUUUCACCUGCUGGUACCAAUCUAAAUGCUUCUGAUACUCAUAGUCCAGACAUUACAGCUACACCAUUAUCUAUUCAACAAGGAGUACCUGUACACGGUGUAGGUGUUGAUCAUAGCCGAUUAACACAUCCAAACCGUAUUGCUACCUCAGCUGCAUUACUUGGACAAUCCAUGCAAACUAGUACUACUGGACCAACUGGAUUUUAUGCCAGUUUACAGUCACUGGCUACAGAGUUCGAGAAAAUGUCUGAUCGUAUGUUACAGGAUCAAACUUUCUCUCGUCGUAUUUGUAGGGCUAUUCAUGAAAUCUCAUUAGAAACAAAGUCACUUCGAGAGAGUAUUGGUUUUCAUCUACCCGAAGAUACUCUUCAAAUCGUCAGUAACAGUAAAAAAGACGAUCUAAUCAGUUAUCCAAAUACAACAAAUCCAUUAACUAGAGCCAAUACUACGGACAACAUUGAUGAUAUUAUAAAUCCAUUGAAACGUAAGCAUUCUUGUGAUAAUGUUGGUCAAAGAAGUACUGUGAGGAAUUUCAAUCUAAAAUCAAAUGAUCAACUAGAUGAUUUAGUUGACAACUUAUCAUCAUCAUCAUCACCAUCGCCUGGAUCGAAUAAUGACUAUGAACCAAAGAUGAAAAAAACUUGUUUCAAUACAACAUCACCGAGCAAUUCAAUAGAAAAGUCAAAUUCACUACAACAAACUGGUGGCGCAGAUGAAUUGCAUACACCCACGUUAACUGAUAAAAACAGUCCAGAGAUUUUAUUGUCAUCAUCAUCAUCAUCAUCAUCAUCAUCAUCAUCAUCUAUAGUGAAGUCUGAAUAUCAUGGGUCAAAUGGCUUAUCAAAGAAAUUAUUUUUACACACAGAUAUAAUUUAUCAUCCAGAAUCUGAUCCACUUGAACAUUUUCCAACCGAUCAGAUAAAUCGAUUGAAUCCAAGGAUACUUGUUGAAAUAUCAAGAUUACAAGCGUUAGAUAUUAAAGUUGAAGGGAAUUCUCAUCCACCGAGUAUUAAUGAUAUGGAAAAUUAUGCUACGUGCUUAGAUGCUGGUGAAUGGAAUACAAGUUGUCAUUUAAAAUUGAUUUAUACGGAUAAGAAAUCUUAUUUACCCUGCCAAUUAUCAGAUCUCUAUAUACGACUAUCGCCUGAUUACAUACAUGCUGGUCAGUUAAAUUGGUAUUACUUACCAAAAUUGAAGUAUUUAUCACUUCUGAGUGAUUCCAUAAAAGAUACUAACAAGUUGAAAAAUACUGAAAGAUACUUAGAUAUUUAUUAUGAUGAGUUGAAUAAUCAAUUUGAACGAUUAAGAAAAUUAAUUGAUCAUCGAAGAAGUUUAAUUAGCAUUGGUAAAAUGUGGAUUGGUAUAAUCUGUGCAUCAAUGGCUCGAUUGUAUAACUUUGAUCAUAACUUAUUGACUAUUGCAUCUAUCAAGUCAACACAAGAAACCAGUCAAUUAGCCUUCUAA